AGCCAAUCAUGAGGAUUUUUCUGUUUAUGUAAAUCCAGAAAUAGAAAUUUGGAGGCCUGGUUUGUUUUUUGAUAAAUUCUUCUUAAACAUAUCGAGGCUUACUUUACUGCUGCUAAUUGUGACACUUGUAAAUUAUGAACGGUCAUACAGGACUUGACGGUGUUCAAAAUGAAUCGUCAGACAUUGAAACUGAAAACCAAGACGUGAUAGAAGUUGAAGAAGCAGAGCAAGAGUAUGAAUCACUGAAUAACACUAUUGAUCAACUGGAUAGUUAUUUGACAGAGCUUGAACAAAAGAACGAUGAUCUUAUUGUCAAAAUCCAAGAACUGAUUGAUUCAAGCCGCCAAGCCCGUGAGCAAAUAGAGAAAGAGGAAGCAAAGGAAGACGAGGAUAAAAAAAAUGGAGAUAAAGGAGGCAAAAAGAAAGGGAAGAAAGCACAAGAACAGUUAGAAGGCAUGCCUUAUGCUACAUUAUAAUACUAGAAAUAGUUUAACAUCGGUUUAAUUUUCAUUUCUAAACAAACAUCUUGACUUAAAAAAGGUUAAAUUUAUGAUAAAAUGAUGGAAACAGAAAAGUGGUUGAUAUGAAUAUUUGCUCAGUGGUGGAAAAGAAAAAAAAUAUACUCUGUAGGAGGCAAGAAAAAUAAAUGAGAAUUAUGAGACAUCAGACAAAAUUAUGACUAAUGGAAUGACUAAGAAUUUUCAAGAGUAAGACAUGGCCAAUAGAUUCAAUUCAAUUCAUACUUUUUAUUAUAAUAUACAAGGUGAAUUUUACAUUGCAAAGAAAUUUUUGUGGCACCUACUCUUGAAUUUAGUUUGCUAUUCUUUUUCUUUUUUUUUAACUUUUUUAUAUGUAUAUAUAUUUUAUUUUUAUUUUAUUUUCUUUUAAGAAUAAUAACGUGCACAACUUAUAUAGUUACUGUACCUACUCCAGCCACUUCACAUGCGAGUGUUUAUCACUUGCGUGGCUGAUGGAAGUUAUUUCAAUACCUGUUUUCAGGCACAGUAUACGACACAUUGGAGUACAGGGUCCGGAAUUUAUCUAGAAAUCAGCUUAAAGUCCAUUUUUUUGCUGAAGUCAGAUUUAUCAAUAUUGCUGAGCUUUAAAAAUUGCUUAAAAUUAAAAAGUUGAUUGUACGCAUACGCCAUCUAAAACGAUUUUUAAACUAAGAUUUUACUAAGAUGGUUUAAUAAAUCAGCUUAAGAUAUUUGCUUAGGGACAUCUUGACUUUUUGACUUUAGCUAAGCUGAGAUUGAUAAAUCUCAAGCCUGUACUGUACAGUAAUGUUGGGUGUGCAUAGAAAAUCCAGAUCAACAGAUUUUAUUUACAUUUAAAAUCAAGAAUUGAAUGCUUUUGGUGGUACAUAGACUUAUGAAUUGGUAAAAAAUUACAACACCUUUGCAUGAAUAUACGAUUGUCGAGACACAAACCACCAGAGGGUCUUAAAGAAAAAUAUCAACAAUUUGAAUACGAUAAUUUUCCCAUUAUCAUAAUUUAAACAUUAUAUUUAUCAGUACUUAUGCUGGAUUUAUCAACUUUUAUUUGGUGCUUUAAAUUGCUUGAAAAUAAAUUGUAAUACAGGUAUUGUAUAGAGCUAAUAAACUAAUGAAGUUUGCAUAAGUUUUUAAAAAGUAAAAAUAUUACUUCAGUUUACAAUACAUAUACCCUUCCUAUUGUUUGCAUACAGUAGACCCAUAAAUUGGUUGAUAAUCAAUUUAAAUAUUUUAUGUAGUUCAACCUGCAUGUUUUGCAUAUACUGUAUUGUUAGCAGUGGCCUAUCUAGGGAUGCACAGGGCACAUUCCCCCCUCCUCACCCUACCAUUUUAAAUGUUCAAAGCAAAAAAGUCAUGCUGAAGUAAGUAGUUAAAAAUCACCUUAUUUUGUGAACGAACAUCCCACUUCAUCUGGGCACCCUAUCAGGGCCCCCCUCCCCCCAUUUCAAGACUUCUAGGUAUGGCAUUGUUUAUCUGUACCUCAUUGUGCGUCAAUAACUUGAUUGAUCUUUUUAAUGGAUUUGUGAUGGUUUUUACAGAUUUAAACAGAUAUUUUAAAAUAAAUCCAGAUAACAGAGGAGACAAUGUGGAUGAUUAAAGGUUUUAGCAAUUGAAGAAAAAAUUAAUAAAUGGUUGCUAGGCUGUCUAAAAAGUCUGUGCUUUACGUUUCAUGCUGUAAGUAUGAGUAAAGGAAAAUUAUCAUAUAAGGUCGGGAGGUGAGUGAAGUGUCUUUUUUGUGUAUGCUUUAAACUUUAAUUAAAGUUGCCCCAGGGGGAUACCAAAGAUAUUUUUGAAAAAUUCAAAUUGUUCAGUACAAUAGUGUACUUGCACUAUUUGUACAGAAGUAUAUUUAACUGUUAGUGUAAACUAUAUAGAAUACAUUCCUUUUCUCUCUAUAUGCAUGUUGAAAAUGUAUAUAAUCUAGGUGUGUGUAUAUACCAGUAGAUAUGAAUAUAUUUAUGUUGGCAAUCCAAUGUCAGUAGACCAUUUGUGAAUAUCCUAACAAAAACCGAUGUUUAGGGACAUAUAAAACUAGAAAUACUCUAAAUGUUAAACCUUUUCUUCUUAUAUACCAUAUGACCUUUACGUUGUGACCUUAUGAUGAAGCAUCUGUUGAAGACCAUGUAUAAUUAAUGUCUGAUUUAUUUUGAUAUAUUUUCAUAAUCGUAUAUACAUUCAGUAUUUUCAUAUCUUUGGUAAAUCUAUUUUAUGGUUGUUACUUGAGUUUUUCUGGUCAUGUGACUAUUAAAAUAUAAUUUGUCGUAUGUAUGAAAAGCCUAAUACAAGGCAGCCAUGAAGGCUGAGUGGUCAAUGAUACAGCUUUGAAAUCAGCCUGAGCAUUGCCUGAUGGGAAAGAUGAUUCAAAGCGGACUCAUGAUCUUAAUCAUUCUGAAUGGUACAUGUAUAUUCCAGAUACAAAAUUUAUCAACUUGUCCACUAAACUUGUUUUCUUCCAACUGUAGAUUUAUUGCUUAAAGUAGAAGCCAAAAUACAAUUUUUUCUAAAAGACCUAAAUGUCUUUCAGUCAUUCUAUAUUAAUGUAAUUUUAAGGAGGAUAGGUUCCUGAGAAAUUAACCUUGAGGUACAAUAAAUACAUUUCAGUAAACAAUGUAUAAUUAAUUUGGAGCUAAUUUGAUAUAUAUUAGUAGCAGCAGUGGAAAUAAACUGUUAUUGAUCACUAUUAUCAUUGUAAUACAGUAUGUCACUUUCCAAUGAAUUGUCUGUAGAAAUAUAUGGUGCUGAAAGGAAAUCAAACAUAUAUUAAAUAUUAUGUGCAAUGACUAA